AUGGAAAAGCAGAACUGGUUUGGACUAAAUGCCCAGCUAGGCACUUUUCUCUCUGGUGUCUUCACCAUCUUUGUCACCGCCAUGUAUGUUGUGUUUGAAGAGAAGUACAUGAGAAAUCCCAACUGUUCCACUGAAAAUAAGCUAGGGGAGACUGUGAAUGACUAUAUCAUCUGUUGGAGCUAUAGUAUCACCUUUUGCUUGUCCAUAGUCACCAUUCUCAUCAGCUGUUUACUCUUGUAUUCGGUAUAUGCCAAAGUCUACCAAGGGAUGGUGAUCUAUGUCAUUUGGAUUAUCUUCUAUGAAGCUGUCAACACUCUGCUGCAGUCCCUGACCAACAGUACUCGCUAUGUGAUCCCUAGAGAAGUGAGGUUUUUGCGCUGGUUUGGCCUCAUCUCCUGUAUUUUCAUGCAUGGGUUCUGGAUGUUUUUUGUGAUCAAGUAUGCUCACAUAGUAUACAGAAAUCAGAUGCAGAGUAAGGUCAUUUCCUACAGCCGUCGUCUCUCUACCAAUGUGGAAUCAAAGCGAGAGAGGCCACCCUACCCAAAUAUGCCAAAGCUCAGUUACCCAUCUCGGAUUCGUAUAAAAUAA